CUAGUGGGGGAGAAUUGCUGGUACCCGCAGCCCCCACACACAGUCCUGCUGGACCCUCCGAGUCCUCAUUCCCAGGAAAAUGUGACAAGCCACAGGUAUUCGCUUCUUCAUGUCCUAGCCACAAGUGACGCUUAACUGGGACCUCCAGGGGCCAGCGAGGGAGAAAUGGCAGCAGCCCCAAGAAGAGAAGCCAGGGGAAAGGAGGUCCACGGAGAGCAGACCAAGGUACCCAGCAAAGAGGAACCAUCAGCUGCACCAGCCCAUGGCCAGGGGUGGCGGCCGGCUGGCAGAGCAGCCAGGAGCGGGAGGUCGGAACUCGGUGCCCGCUCUCCCGCACACCCCACCAUGGCUAGCGAGCCCCCCUUACCAUCCCUGCUCUGGGCCCAGGAAGUAGGCCAUGUGCUGGCCAUCAGAGCCCGCAGGCUGCUGCUGCAGUUUGGGGUGCUCUUCUGCACCAUCCUCCUCCUGCUCUGGGUGUCUGUGUUCCUCUACGGCUCCUUCUACUAUUCGUACAUGCCGACAGUCAGCCACCUGAGUCCCGUCAACUUCUACUACAGGACCGACUGUGAAGAUGAGUCCCCACUUCUCUGUUCCUUCCCUGUCGCCAACGUCUCGCUGGCUAAGAGUGGUCGGGACAGGGUGCUAAUGUAUGGACAGCCCUACCGCGUGACCUUAGAGCUCGAGCUGCCAGAGUCCCCUGUCAACCAAGCUUUGGGCAUGUUCCUGGUGACCAUUUCCUGCUACACCCGAGGUGGCCGCAUCAUCUCCACUUCUUCACGCUCUGUGAUGCUGCAUUACCGCUCGAGCCUGCUGCAAACGAUCGACACGCUGGUCUUCUCGGGCCUCCUGCUAUCGGGCUUUUCAGAGCAGAAGCAGAUCAUAGAGGUGGAACUGUACCCGGAAUACAGAGAGAAUUCGUACAUGCCGACCACUGGCGUCAUCAUCGAGGUCCACAGCCGCCGCGUCCAGAUGUAUGGGGCCUUCCUGCGCAUCCACGCACACUUCACGGGGCUCAGGUAUCUGCUGUACAAUUUCCCCAUGACCUGCGCCUUCGUGGGUGUCGCCAGCAACUUCACCUUCCUCAGCGUCAUCGUGCUCUUCAGCUACAUGCAGUGGAUGUGGGGGAGCGUCUGGCCCCGACACCGUUUCUCUUUGCAGGUCCGGAGGAAGGGCGGUUCGACAAAGGCUGUGAGGCAGAAGGUGGAUGCCCCCCAGACAGAACCCCGAGACCAGGAGGAGCCCCCUCAGCAAACGGACAUUGGAGAGGAGGGUGAGGGUCCAGAAGAGAACCCAAGAGCAGCAGGGGAGGCGGUGGAGGAGAAGAAACAGCGUCCACAGCUCCCAAACGGCCACGAGGAGGAGCUAGAGCCAGAGGCCAGCGAUGGCUCUGGCUCCUGGGAAGAUGCGGCCCUGCUGACUGAGGCCAACCUGCCCAACACCACCCUUGCUGUGGCCCCAGAGACGCUGGGCAGCUCCGAGCCAGCCACAAGCACCGUCCGGCAGCGCUCUACAUGCUCCAGCUCCUGAGGACAGCUGGGCAGAUGCCCCCCAACAUUCCAGCCCUAUCUCCCCGGAACCCCCUCAACCACCACCACCACCACCCCCGGCUUCAUUUCCACCUGCGUGUCUUCCAAUAAACUUAUUUUCUUGCUGGC